AUGGGGCGGGAGGAAGGCCACAAACUAACCCAAUUGGUCGUCCCCCAUCUCAGUGCCGAUUCGGACAGCGACUCGGAUGACGACUUCAAGUAUGCUGACACGGCGGACAUGGCCGGGCAGAAGCUUGAUGACACGAAGGGUCGUAUGACCGUCCGAAACUUGCGAAUCCGUGAAGACACGGCCAAGUACCUCCUGAACUUGGAUGUCAACUCGGCGUACUACGACCCGAAGACGCGGUCGAUGCGUGCCGACCCGACACCGCACAAUCCGGAUGCCGCGUACAAGGGUGACAAUUUUGUCCGGCACUCAGGCGAUGCCAAGGCCUUCACCGACAUGCAGAUGUUCGCAUGGGAGGCCGCCCAGCGCGGUGCGGCGAAUAUCAUUCCGCAGGCCGAUCCCACGGCCGCGGAGAUGAUGCGUCGCGAGUUCAUGCAACGUGAGAAGCAGGUCAAGGACGACUACCAGAAGAACAUUCUCGACACGUACGGUGGUCAUGAGCACCUCAAGGCUCCCCCGCGCGAGUUGCUCCUGGCUCAGUCGGAGAACUAUGCCGAGUAUGAUGCGUCUGGCAACGUGCUCAAGGGCGAUGCGCAGGCGACAUUGGAACUCUCGGCGGCGGCGCGCUCCAAGUACGAGGAGGAUGUCUUCCCCGGGAAUCACACCUCCGUCUGGGGAAGUUACUGGGUCGAUGGGACGUGGGGCUUUGCUUGCUGCCAUCAGACCCUGCGCCAGGCGUAUUGUACUGGCGAAGCCGGGCGCAAGGCCAGCGCCGCCUCCCGCGUGGCAAAGGAGGCCUGA